CUAGCCCUCGCUGCGCUCGGUUCUCUUGCACACACAAACCCUAGCCAGAGCUCAGAGAGAGUAUCCGCCGCAGGGUAGAAGCUAUGGAGGCGGCGAGGAAUGUGAAAGAUGUGUCCCCGCACGAGUUUGUUAAGGCCUAUGCUGCUCAUCUCAAACGCUCCGGCAAGAUUGAGCUUCCUCCCUGGACUGACAUUGUGAAGACCGGUAGAUACAAGGAGCUUGCUCCAUAUGACCCUGAUUGGUACUACAUCAGAGCUGCUUCAAUUGCUAGGAAAAUCUAUCUGAGGGGAGGCCUUGGAGUGGGUGCUUUCCGUAGGAUCUAUGGUGGGAGCAAGAGGAAUGGCAGUCGCCCUCCCCAUUUCUGCAAAAGCAGCGGCGCGAUUGCAAGACACAUCCUUCAGCAGUUGCAAAACAUGAACAUCGUUGACUUUGAUUCCAAGGGUGGGAGGAGAAUCACGUCAAGCGGCCAGCGAGAUCUUGAUCAAGUUGCUGGAAGGAUUGCCGUGGCUCAUUAGAGAUGAAAACAAGCACACCAACGCAUACAUUGAUUACUAUGGAUGUGUAAUGGUAGUUGUUUUGAUGAGAGUAUAUUUAGACUACUAGUGUUGAAUCAAUUUUCUGCAUAUGAACUCUUGCCUUUUUAUGGACUCGGGUGUUUUCGUGUUCCUUAGCCACUAUCUUGCGGGGAUCGUUUGUUUAUUGUAUUGCUUUCAUUCCUAAUGGAGGAGCUAGUAGAUCCUAAAUUUGAGUAAUGGAACGGCUUAAACAUCUUUAUGAUUGAUUGAUCUUAAUCCCAGCUACCUGAGAAAUGGGACGUUUGAUUUA